CAAUGGGUUACUGCACAGUACAGUAUGUCCAGAGAAGCCCACAUCUCCCCCUCAAUUCCCUAGAGAGAGACGAAAAACAGUUAAUUGGUGUUUCUUGUUCCCAUCCAUCCGUAUUUGCGUUAUUCUUUGCUCCGUUUUAUAUUCUACAACUGCAGACUGAAUCGACUGACUGGGGUCAUGGCACAGAAUCAUGCCUUGGUUUUUGGUGCGAGUGGAAUUACUGGAUGGGCCAUCACAAAUGCUAUAAUUAACGGAUAUCCUGAUACAAGCCCUUUCCAGUCCGUCACAGCGCUGACCAACAGGCCGCUGAGCCGCGAAGUCGCUCAAUGGCCCGACUCCGACAUCCUGCAGGUCGUGAGUGGACUAGAUCUGCUCACCACUAAGGGCCAGGACGGGUUGGAGCAAGACAUGAAGAGGGGAAUUAAGGGGAUUGAGAAGGUGACACACGUGUACUUCUUCGCAUACAUCAUGGACCAAGACCCAGCCAAAGAGGUCGAAAUCAACAUCCAACUGCUCACGCGCGCCAUAACCGCCGUCCAGAACCUCUCCCCGAACCUCCAAUUCGUCGUCAUGGCCACGGGCACCAAGACAUACGGCGUCCACCUUCUCGACAAGUUCCCCUUCGGUGACUCCCUACCCCUCCACGAAGACCUCCCCCCAAUUCCCGAGCCCUACGUCUCGCAGAUGUUCUACUAUGCCCAGAUCGACACGCUAAAGAAGCUCUCGGCGGGCAAAGCCUGGAACUGGUGCGAAGUCAUCCCCGACAACAUCAUCGGCUUCGUACCCAACAACAACAUCUACUGUCUCGCGCAGACCCUGGCCACCUAUCUCGCCCUGUACGUCGCCGUCGAAGGCAAGGGCGCCGAGUGCGCCUUCCCCGGCACUGAGAAGAGCUGGGCCAUUCUGAGCAACGAAUGCAAUCAAGACAGUGUCGCCAAGUUUGCCGUCCACGCGAGCUUGCACCCGGAAGUUAGUGCGGGGGGGCGCUUCAACAUCGCUGACAGUGCCACACCUUCGUCGUGGUCCCACAAGUGGCCCGUGAUAUGCGAGUACUUUGGUCUCAAAGGCACCGCGCCGCCACCUGGAGGCUCGGGACCACAACCAGGACGAUACGUCGAGCAGCAUAUGGUGCGGUGGAAAGAGCUGGAGAUGAAGUAUGGACUGCAAACGGGCCGCGUGGGGAAUGAGAGAUCCUCUGGGGGCUUUCAACAUUUCAUCAUGAGCAUGUUUGAUUUUGAUCGACAGCUAGAUAUGAGAAGGGCGCAUGAAGCUUGGGGGGACAUGAAGGAGGAACUGGAUGAGGAGGGGUCUUGGUGGAUGACGUUUGAUAGGUUUAGAAAGGCUAAGAUUAUUCCAUGAGAUAGACGAUGGAAUAAAAUGUUGGAAAUGUUCCUGUUUCCUAAAGGCUCCGCUUGUUCCCGCGAACCGCUCACCUCGUUAGUCUCCUCAAUUCAGGGGCAUUCUGACGAAAUAGAAAACAGCUCACAGGCGCCACGCCGCU